CAGUCCUCGAAGCCUUUUGGGAUUGCCUAAACUUGGGCAUUUGUGGGUGGGGUGCACAUUUCCAGCAUCUCUCUGCAGCUGGCAAGGGGUGGGCUGCGUGCGCCGCUGGUGGGCGGGUGCGUGGGUGGUGGAAGGCCGGGAGGGGAGGCGAGGCAGAGGAGGGGGAGCCCGUCGCCCCAAAGAGACAAGGAUCCCCCCCAUUCCCACCGAGGAUCUCCCAUCCAGAUCAGCGUGAGGGGUUAGCGUUGCUGAACCCAGCAGAAGCUGCAGUUGCAUCCAAACCAAGAGCAAAUGCCAAAAGGCGUAAAAGGACUAGGAAGCUUCUCCAGUUCCCACUUCUUACCUCAAGGACCCCUGCGUGGAGAAUGCCCCGUCUGUCUCAGCAUACUGGCAGCCUGCCCUCACACCCUCCGAUGCUCUCCUCACAGCUGCUGUAGGAAGUGUCAGGAGACUGAAGCUGAGAGAACGUGAGAAGAGCCAUUUUGAGAAGUCAGCAGGGGUAGGCGGGCCAAGGCUGCACCCCACCCUGUGCCCCCAGAAGUGGCCGGCCGGCCAAACCCUCCCCAUUCUGCUCCCCCUGUGUACCUUGUUUUCCACUUCUUUGGGGACGGCGCCAUCACCCUUGCAGGACGAGAUCUGGCCCAAGGGCCUUACGUGGGAAGUCUAACUCAAGACGGAGACCUCUCUUAGGGUGGACAACAUGGCAGCGGGGAGAGGGGAAACAGCUGCCCUUCAGCUCCAGUUCCAGGGUGCUUCAGAGCCAGGGGUGCAACCAGCCUUGAAAAUGGAGGAACAAGAGCCUGCUGCCCAAGAGAUCAGGGGAGGUGGAGUCCCAUGUUUCCUCCCAGUUGGGUCCAUGCGAGAGUUUCUGGCUGGGGAAGCUCCACAGCAGGUGAAACAGGAGCCAGAUGAGGGUUUGCAGCCGCCACCGUCGCACUGGGAGACCCCAAGGCAGGAGUUCUCAAAGGGGGUGCAGUAUCCCCAGUCAGGGUGGCGAAACCCAGCGCUGCACAAACCCCUGCAGUGGGACACAGGUUCCUUCCAGGCCUCCUAUGACACCCCAGCCAGUGCUGGCCAGUGGCCUUCCGGAGGAGGCUGGGUGACUCAGGCUUUACCAAGCCUCAACAGAGACGUGCAGCCUGUCUACAGUGGCCCGGACCAGAGGGAGCGACGGAACUACCGGAACGUGAAGGAAGAGGCCCUGAAUGAGGACACCCUCAGCUUGGAGGUCCGGCGCCAGCGUUUCCGGCACCACCGCUACCGGGAGGCUGAGGGGCCCCGGGAGAUCUGCCGGCAGCUGCAGGAGCUCUGCCACCAGUGGCUGAAGCCGGAGCGGCACACUAAGGAGCGGAUUCUGGAGCUGCUGAUCCUGGAGCAGUUCCUGACCAUCCUGCCCCAGGAAGUUCAGAACUGGGUCCGGGAACAUAGUCCAGAGACCUGCGCCCAGGCAGUGACCUUGUCAGAAGAUUUCCUGAUGAGGCAGAGGGAGGCUCAAAGAAAAGAGCAGCAGGUGAUCUGGACCUUUGAUGAGGUGGUGGUGAACCCACCCAUGGCCCAGCAGGUGCCGUAUCCUGCCAUGACACAGCAGGUGCAUUACCCUUCCAUGGCCCUGCCUGUGCAGUAUCCGCCCAUGGCCUCACCUGCACAGUAUCCUGCCGUUGGACAGCAGGCCCCCAAUCCCAUCGCAUCAGUCAGAGCACCACUGGAUGCUGGAAGGACACUCCUUUGCCGGGAGCCUGUGCCAGAGAGUGGCCGGAGUCUCAGACCAUAUGGACCGAUCCAGGAGUUCCGGAGGCCCCUCACAAACGCAGAGCGGAUGCGGAACCGGAGGAUGCGGAACCGGAAGCAGCGCCUGGAGACCAGCAUGCAGCUGGUUGAGUCAGCAUCGCGGGCUCCCUCCAUGCUCUUGGACGCCAUGCGGGGGCUGCACCGGCAGGACCUGAAGGCCUUCGACCGGGCCCGGCAGGAGGAAAGGCAGCACCGGAAACAGGAGAGGCGCCAGGACCGGGCUUCAGCUCAGCUGAUGGUCAAUGCCAUUGAACGCUCCCACAGUGACCUGGGGGAGUUCCUGGGGAAGCAAACUGCCACCAUGGCAGCCAUCGCAGCAGUAUUCACCGGCCAGCGGUCCCCCCAGCAAGGUGCCUGCCCUGGCUACGGCUCUUACCAGGGGUACAGCAACCCGCCCUGGGGGCCCCCGGAGCCCGGAACGCCCCUGCCGCCCAGUCACGUGCCUGGAAUGCCCUCUGAGCCAAUGAGCAGUCCCGUCAUUCCAUGCCCGGUGCCUCCUUUGCCCCCCACCGGUGGCCUGUGUGAUCCCGUCCCUGAACCUACAGACGGACCAAGAGAAGACGCCGCUGCUGACGCCCCCAUGCCUUCCACCUCAGAUGCUGCAUCCCACGCUUUCGACACGCGGCCAAACAGGGGAACAAAACGAAAGACGUGGGAAUGAUGAGUGCUGACUUUCCCUCCACCCUGUUGUAGUUUUCACACACGUUGUGGCAGAACAUUUCCCAAGGGGCGAGUUUGCCAGGAUUCCCUCCCCGCCACCGAGCCACCUGUCUAUGCAAAAAGGUGUAUGCAACAUCCCACACCAACAGCUUGUGACCCCCGUGUGGCUCAGAGCUCGUAUAGCCACAGUGGAUAAGGAGGUGAAUGCUGAUCUGGGAUGGAUUGUUGCAUAGCUUUAACAAGUCAUCUCAGCCCACCUGUAAAAUGGGGAUUGCCAGCCUACCUCACAAGGUGGUUGUCAGGGUACUUUGGUCAUGCAGGGCACCAAUUAAGCUGCUUCUACUUUCCAAGCAAUCGGGGAGGGGGGAGGAGGUGGUGGGCACAAGUUGUUCCCAUGAAGCUGUGUCAGAUCUGAAGCUUCACAUAAGGUUCUGUUGAUGCUACUGUUUCUCAGUUACUUUUUAUUUAUUUUAUAUUUAUUAAUAAACUGUGUAUUAAGUCAGCUGACAGAAAUUGGAAGUGCAGUGUUGCAACAGUAUGCAAUAAAAUGACAGAAUCAGUAAUGUGAAAAGACAAAAUAAAACUAGCUGCCAACCUGAAACUUAAAAAAACAGAGCAGCGCAGAAGAGCAAAA